GGAUUAAUUAAUAAAUAAACUACUGUAAAAAUUUCAAAGAGUAAAUUUGAAUGGGAUUAAAACGCCUGUUAUUUUCAAUUCAGUUCUGUUAAGUACAGUUUAGCAAAUUAAAAUAGGUCCUAAAUCCAUAUGAGUAAAAAACGACAAAUCAGUAGUCCUCCGAUUCAAACUUUGCUCAUUCAUAGCAUGCUUGAAAAAAAACGAGUAGCUAGGUAGAGUACGAAAAAAAGUAAAAUGGCUAUAACUUGAUGGUUCAAGACAGCCUGUCUUUCAAUUAUUAGGGGAGAAACAAGCCUGUAAAUUUGGUGUGUUUUGAAAAAUCAUAAACAUUCACACCUAAAAAACUUACUCCCUUGUUGAAUCCUCUGCAUUUCCCUGCAUUCCUGAAAAGAAAAAAAAAAACAUUAACACACAAGAGAGAAGAGAGAGAGAGAGAGAGAGAGAUGGAUGUGUCAGGAGGUCUUUCACUGGUGCAAACAAUCCUUCAAGUGUUUGGUUCCCCCAUUUGGACGGAGAUUGAAUCUGUGUUGGGUGUGCAAUCUCAGCUUGAAAAACUCAAGCUCACCAUGUCCACCAUCCAGGAUGUCCUGCUUGAUGCUGAAGAACAGGAGCGGCGGCACCACGUUUGUCCCUCCCAUGUUGAACGUGGCAUACUUGUAAGGCUUAAGGAAGCUCUUUACCAAGCUGAUGACUUGUUUGACGAGGUUACUACUUUUGCUCAUCGCAAGAAGCUCAUGCCUGGCAACAAAUUGAGUAAAGAGGUAUCCCGUUUUUGCUCUUGCUUUAAUCAGCUUCGUUCUGAUUUCAUUUGGUCUCGAGAGAUCAAAAGCAUCAGGGAGGAGUUGGAUGAUGUUGUCAAUGAUCAUCAGCUUGCCUGUGGGAUUAGACACUCGGUUGAUUUCGUGGACAGCCGGGUAAGAAAUAACCCAAGGGAAACUCACUCCCAUGUGAAUCUGGAGAAUGAUGUGAUUAUUGGGAGGGAUGAUGAUAAGAGGCUUUUGAUUGAUACGUUACUAGACACUACUGUUGAGGAGAAUGUUUCUGUUGUCAGCAUCGUUGGGAUUGGAGGUUUGGGGAAAACUACUCUUGCUCAACUUGUCUAUAAUGAUUACAAGAUUAAGAGAGAAUUUCCGUUGAAGAUGUGGGUUUGUGUCUCUGAUAAUUUCAAUGUCAAAGCACUUGCUGGUCAAAUCCUUGCAGCUGCAACCGACCAGGUUAAUCAAAGUGAUGGCUUUACUAUGGACCAGCUUCAGAUAAAGCUUAGAGAAAGACUUGAUAGGAGCAAGUAUCUACUUGUUCUGGAUGAUGUUUGGAAUGAGAAUUCUGAAGUAUGGAGGACAAUGAAAAUUUUGUUGGUUGGAGGUGGGAAGGGUAGCAGAGUUUUGGUAACUACGCGCUCUAAAAAGGUAGCUGUUGUCAUGGGAAGUUGUUGGACUCAUGAAUUGAAGGGUCUCUCAGAUGAAGAAUCUUGGAAUUUGUUUCAAAGAAUGACGCUUGAACCGGAGCAACAUCAAACAGAGGCAAACUUGGUUGAUAUAGGAAAAGAGAUUGUUCGAAAGUGUGCAACUGUUCCACUUGCCAUUAGGGUGAUUGGAAGACUUCUUCGAGGUCAGGAUGAAAGUCAGUGGCAGAAUUUGAAAAAUAACUUGGAAAAUAUUAUACAAGAUGAGGCCAAUGGCAUAAUACCUGUGUUGAAGAUCAGUUACAAUUAUCUUCCAUUCCAUUUGAAGAGUUGCUUUAGUUACUGUGCUGUAUUUCCCAAGGAUUACAAGAUUAUCAAGGAGGACUUGAUAUGUCGUUGGAUGGCUCAAGGCUUCAUUAUGCCAUAUGGGGAGAGUUUUGAAGAUGCGGGUGACAAGUAUUUUGAGCAGUUACUGCAAAGGUGCUUUUUCCAAGAUGUAGAACGAGCCGAAGAUACUGAAGAAAUUGUAUCAUGCAAGAUGCAUGAUCUGAUUCAUGAUCUUGCCAAAGAAGUAGCAGGGACAGACAUAUUGUUGUGCACCUACAGCACACGAAAUUUUAACAAGAAAACCCGCCAUGUAUACAUGGAUGAAACUCAUGAAAGUACCCCUGAAGAUAUUGUUGGUAAGUUGAGCGAUAUGCAAAGGAUGCGUACAUUUCUAUAUAGUAGAGAGGGACCAAGGGAUCGUAGUUUCUCUUUGAAACCGUUUGUGGAGGGUUUUUCAAACGUAAAAUAUUUAAGGGUAUUACGUUUGAAUAAUUUUAAGAAUUAUGAAGGAUUGGAAGAGUUGCCGAGCGGGAUAGGUGAAUUGGUGCAUCUAAGGUAUCUUGACCUCAUCCAUUACCAAUCUUUAUAACUUGCAAACAUUAAAGUUGCGUAAUUGUGAUGCACUAAGAACGUUGCCAAGGGAGUUGAGGAAAUUAGUUAAUCUUAGGCACCUUGAUAUUUAUGCUUGCUGGAAAUUAACACACAUGCCUCCAGGGAUGAAUAGUAUGACCUCUCUGCAGAAGCUGACAAUGUUUGCAGUGAGUGGAGGUGCAACAAGCAAUGCAGCUUGGAGUUGGAGGUCAACGGAUGGUGUUGGUCAGCUUGAAGAUUUGGAUGAUUUCACCAAUUAUACUCGCACUAUGAAAAUUAUAGUUAAUGAAGAUGUAAGAUACGAUGCAGUAGGAAGGGGAAUGCUAUUGAAAAGUCAAAAUUUGCGGGAAAUUUGGUACUUUUGGAAAUUUGCGUAUAAUAAUACAGAGGUAUUGCUACAAGCCUUAAAACCCCACUCUAAUCUAAGAAACUUAAGGUUUACGUGCUAUCCAGGAGUGAGGCUCCCAACCUGGACGAUGAAUCUCAAAAGCUGUCUUCCAAAUCUUGCUAAAAUUGAGAUUCGAGAUUGCAAAAGGUUGGAGCAUCUCCCAAUGAUGAGUCAACUGCGUCAUUUGAAAGUCCUUGGAUUAAAAGAACUGCAUGGAGUGGAGUAUAUGGAGAGUAGUAGUAUUAAUAAUGGAGAUGAUAAUGAGUUGGUAUUCUUUCCAUCCCUUGAAAAGCUGAAGCUUAUAAAGAUGGCAAAUUUGAAGGGAUGGUGGAAGCCAUCAACAUUGUUUGUGGGCUCAUCAAUGAAUCUCAAAAGUUGUCUUCUAAACCUUGUUGAAAUUGUAAUUAGUGAUUGUAAUAGAGUGGAGCAACUUCCAUUGAUGAGUCACCUGCGUCAUUUAAAAGUCCUUAAAUUAUAUACUUUGGAAGAACUGGAGUAUAUAGAGAAUAGUAGUUAUAUUAAUAGUGGAGAUGAAGAUGAGUUGGUAUUCUUUCCAUCCCUUAAAACGAUGUGGCUUACUCGCAUGCCAAAGUUGAAGGGAUGGUGGAAGCCAUCAUCAGAAUUAGAAUUAGAGGAGAGUGAGACACCGCAAGCACCAAAACUUUCUGGUCUUGAGAUAGAAAAAUGUCCAGAAUUGACAGCUUUUCCUUUGUGUCCGGGACUGCAACAAUUGUACUUAGAAGAUUUUAAUGAAGCGCUGGGCCCAAUUAUAAGGGAGACUACCCAGCAAAAGGAGGAAGGACUACAUGGAAGUUUGAGGACAGUGGACAUAGAUAACGUGGCAUAUCUUAAUUCUCUACCCAUCCGAUCUUUCCACCAUCUUUCGUAUCUCUGUUUUCCAGUGACCAGAAAAUGAAGGAAUUUAAAACAGGAGAGGUGGGUGAGGUGUUCCGAAGCGGCCGCCUGUCCUCUCUUCGCUCCCUUGAUAUUUGGCGAUGCUAUAAUUUGAAGAGUAUAUCAGGACGAGGAGUGUGGGACCAUUUCACUGCCCUGGAGAGUCUGUCAUUGAGAUUUCUUUAUGAGUUGGAAUUGGAGGAUGAAGAUGAUGUCAUCAACAACAAAAGCACAGAAGAAGGAUGCAUUCAUAAUAAUAAUGAAGGAAGUGACGCAGAGAUGCCAUGGAGAUACCUUGCUCCCACUCUCCGUUCCUUGACAUUAUUGGAUCUGCCAAAGGUGGUGAAGCUGCCAAAGGGGAUUGGAUGCUUAUCAUCUCUCCAAUCCCUGAGAAUUACGCAUUGUGAAAAAAUUAAAAGAAUGCCAGAAGAGAUGCGCCACCUCACCUCCUUAACCAAACUUCAUAUAGGGGGAUGCAUCCCAGAGUUAACGAAGGAAUGCGAGAACAAGACUGGCGCUAACUGGUCCAAUAUCCAACAUAUCCCCGACAUUAAGCUGGGUUUAUGAAAUCAUGGCAACAAGAAUUCUUUCAGUCAAUGUUCAUAUACAGCUCUACUGAUAAAAGCUUUCAUACAAAUCGAAUAUCAAUGAAGGGGUGAUAUUACAUUCUGCUUGAUAAUGAGAAAGUGUGCAAUGCGUUAAGAAGUGUCUAAUCCUUAUCUUGACAGCACGAACCUUAAUAUUCACUCCUUAAUGGAGAGUUGAAGUUGCUGAUUCCUGUAAGGCUGGUUUGGCAAGUUUGUUGGUGCUAUAUGAUGCAUUGGAUGCUUCAAUUCCAGGAAACACAUGGUGCUAUAUGUUUUAAGUAGGAGGGGUAGUAGAAUUGCAGUGAUUACUCGGUCAAGAGGUCUGGCAAAUAUUGCAGGAAGCCAUCAGACACGAAACGAGUAGGCCUUUCUAAGACUGUCUUGAUAUUUGAUGUAAGAGAAGAUAUUGUGGCAACUGUGCCAACGUUCCCCUUUCCAUAAGGAUCGUUGGAAGUCAGCUUAUAAAUCAAAAUGAAAUCAGGCGGCAAUAUCUGAAAACACUGACUCAGCAAUUUAAACAAGAUGAGAACAGGAUCGCAUCUGUGACUCUGCGUUGAAGAUGAGUUAAGUAGAGUUAUUGUAGAAUGUAACAGAAUAUACAUGAUUUAAUUCAUGAUUUUGUUAAAGAAUUAACAAGGAUUGUGUAAAAUUAUAUUCAGUUAACAUUCUGGAAAAUAGAAUUGUUGUCCAUUCUUCAACCAAGAUGAAAAGGUUGUGUACAAUUUUACUGAAGUAUCCCCUUUCCAUCAAGUCAAGCUUAAAUGAGCAGAUUCUCAAAAUAAAAAUAAAAGCUUAAA